AUGGGCAGGACAAUCUCGAGGAGAACGGUCCCGAAUGGUGGCCACGGACCACAGGUUCCACCUGCGACCGGGAUGAAGCAAAACAAUGUCUCUAAGCAGCCGAUCCAGCUUCCAGUCGAGCUAUGGUGGAAGGUGAUUGACUUUGCAGUGGACAACUUUUCCUACGACGAGAAUGGUAGAGCGCAGUUGCGGGAGUUGGCGAGGGUGAGUCGGGCGUGGUGUACUCGGUGCCGUCUUCGUGCGGAGGAGAGACUGGAUAUCAUCGAGAGGAACAAGACGGAAGUGCAUCAACUGAUCAAGAGACUGGACGAGCACCCAGAGCGAUACAGCGUCAUCAAGAGGGUGCAUUUUGUGAAUCACAAGAUCAAUAACUUUGGGUCAUUUGCCGUCCGCAUGGCAGGGAAGCUGGUUCAUGUAGAGAGGCUCUACUGUGGUAAUCAUGGUAUGUGGCCAUGGUGCGAGUGGGACCCUGGACAGCUGCACGCGCACGGUUUCCUUCAUGUGAGGGUUGCAUUUGAGUCUGUGACCACCCUCCAUCUCUUUGGAAUCUCUUUCCCUUCUGCGGCAGUGUUUGGGAGACUGCUCUCUGCCCUUCCGCGCCUCGCCUCGCUGACAUGCGAAUAUGUGCUCUUCAAGAAGCGAGGCAUUGUGCGAGCAACAGGUCCCUGCCUCCUUCGCACGGUCGAUCUGAAUAGCAGCCCUGGCGUCAUCGACUUCCUCGUCACGACCGGGGCCGGCACCUCUCUUCGUUAUGUCACCGUCUGUGGACCUGUCGAGGCAUGGUCGUCGCUCGUUGUUACCGCCGCUCCGUCCCUUUCCUCCCUCCACAUCAGCCCGACUGACUAUAGUCCUGGAAAAUAUGAUGGCACAGGCCUUCUUCCAAAUCUCACGCUGGCUCAAAACUUGCGCAUCUUGUCAAUCGACCUCUUCCCCGCCUUCGACCCGCGUCAGCUAGUAGCCACCUUGCCUCGCGCCUCUCUACCCAGCUUAGACGAGAUCGGGAUUACUGCACUGCAAUCAGAUGACAGCAUAAAAGUUGAUGAUUCUGACAAUGACUCUUAUACGCAGAUCGACCGAGUCCUCUCUGGGCGUAGAUUUCCCACCCUUCGAAAGGUCACUUUACACCUCCGAUGCCGUGUUGCUCCCGGUAAAGCGAUGGACGUGACGUCCGAGGUCUCCUGGCGCAUACAUCUUUCGUCGAAGCUUCCACUCCUCCAUGCCAGCGGACGACUUUUGUGA